GACAUCGACACCUUGAUGAUCUCGAAGCUCUCAUCCACUGUCACCUAGCCAAGUCAGGAAGCAGCUGCCAAAGCCGACCUGGCUCCUUUCACAUCACGAUGCUGAUCCAAGAGUCGCACAAAGACGUCCCGACCGAACAUGGCGGUGAUAUGAGAAUCUUCAUCUUUCAUCCCACCAUUCCGAAUUAUCCCAAGGCAAAAUUCCCUGGCGUUGUUCUUUUCAGCGAGAUCUAUCAAGUCACCGGCCCAGUCGCCCGCUUCGCCCGCCAAAUUGCCUCGCACGGCUACAUCGUAGCAGCGCCCAGUAGCUACCACGAAUUCACUGGUCCGGAACCAUUGGCAUACGAUGGUCCCGGAACCGACGACGGCAACAAAUGGAAGAUCGAGAAGAAAGUCUCCGCCUACGACGAAGACGCCACUCUGUCCAUCGACCUUCUCGUGAACUUGCCAACCUGCAAUGGCCGCAUUGGCGCCACUGGAAUGUGUCUGGGUGGACACCUGGCCUUCCGCGCAGCUUUCGACAAGAGAGUUCGAGCCAGCGUGUGCUACUUCGCCACGGACAUUCACUCGAAAUCUCUCGGUGAGGGCAAGAACGACGACUCGCUGCAGAGAGCAAGCAAAGGCGAUAUCAAAGGCGAGACGAUCAUGAUCUUCGGCAAACGCGACAACCACGUCCCACCCGAAGGCCGCAAUCUCAUCCGCAAAACCCUCCACGAAGCCGGCACGGUCUUCAGCUUUUACGAAGUGGCCUGGGCGCAACAUGCUUUCAUCCGAGACGAGCUGAGUAAAGGACGCUACGACCCAGCCAUCUCAGGGAUCUGCUUCCAGAUGUUGUUGGAGUUGUUCGGACGUACCCUGUCGAGUGAUCUUGGUCCGAGGGAGGGCGGCGAUGAGGAGGUCGAGGACGUUUGUUAG